ACUUCCUCAUAUGGUACGUUUAGCAAAAUAGAGCUUGUCAUACUUCUCUGUGCAGUUUCUCUGCUGCAUUCAUGUGAAGCACAAGAACAAAACACAACCCCCACACCGUUGCGUCGUGCAGUCAGACAGGAUAACUGGACUGGACUCUGUCAUGUCUAUCUUUGUGAUACUGGGACUGCUGGUCUGCAUAGAGGCACAAGAGCCCAGUGCUGUGACUCCUGUGUUUGUGAAGAAGGGAGAGGAUGUGCUUCUGAAUGUCACACUAGCUGAUGAUCCUAAAGACGAUGCUGUUUUCUGGAGAUUCAAUAAAAAAGUUAAUUUAGUACGAUUUUUAGCAGGUACAGAAACAAAAGUCUUUGAUGAGUACUAUGGAAGGAUUGAGGUGCUUGAGAACUACUCUGUUAAAUUGAAGAAUCUACAAGAGGCAGACAGUGGAGUUUAUACUGUAGUAGUGUCUGGGGGUAAAGAAAAACCAAUAACUGGAUACAAGGUCACAGUCCAAGAUCCAGCAUCUCCAGUUAAACUGACAGUGGACUCUGUGUCUAACAGCUCAGACUGGUGUAACCUGACAGUGAGCUGCAGAGCACAGGACUCUCACAUUAACAGCACCUUUAGAUGUGAGCCCCACACCUGCAGUCAGGAGGGAGGAGAGAGACCACAGGUCCCACCCUCUGCUGCUGAUCUCCAUGUCUACCUGUCCAAUGGCUCCAUCAUCUGUAACCAUAGCAACCAGGUCAGCUGGACCAAGGACAUGAAAAUAAUUAAACAUUUCUGCCCCCGACAUGCUGAGAGUGUCUCUGCUGGUCUCUCUGUCUGCCUGCUGAAGACAGCCGUGUUGUCCGUCUGUCUGAUCAUCAUGGUGGCUGCUGUCAUCACUGUUCACCUCAUGGAAAAGCUCAAGAAGCGCAAAUAAAAACUUAAACUUAAA